UUAAACUCUAAAUGUGAAAUUCCAUUCGCCACCCCUCCCCAGUGUUUCUCAACGCCAACAACAUUCAUCCCCUAUCCUCACCCUUAAAAAACCCCGUUGAAUCGAUCACUGGCACCCCAUCACAUCCCCACCGAUUCCCCUAGAAAAACAAAACUCGAACGCAUGCGCAUGUCCAGAAGGGGAGAAUCUCCUCGAAGUCCUCGAGAAUCCAUCGCUUAUGUUCGCAUAACGCAACCGUCCACCCCUCGACUCACCACCAGCUAUAGUUGAUCAGAGGGGAUGCUCGGCAGUCGCGUCGGGCCAGCGUGCUAGGAGCCCCCGAUAAAUUCGAACAAUCACCCAUUUGAGGAGGGGGUACGUGUUUAUUAAACGCGGCCAGUAACGCCACCAUCCUCUCAGCCCCCCAGGACGUGCGAAUGGGACGACGACAACCGGACUCGUAUCAGUCCCGUCGCGAGAGUGUCACAGUCUCGACACUAGACUCAUUCCCCUAAAAUCUACUCAAGAUGUGAUGUGAGAGGGUGAGUUGAGGUGGAGGGCUAGUAUCCCAUCCACGAGAGGACCAACAAACCAAGGAAUAACACCACGAGAUUGCUCAGGACUCGGAGGCCCUUUCACUAAUUGCUCAGGGGAGGUUUAUCGAGCUGGAAGUCACAGCUAAAAAAAACCUCCCUCGAUUUUUUACCGAGAGAUUGACAGAAUUAACGAGGGUGAGUCGUUUUUGCUGGUGGCACACGGGAGGCAGACAUGGAAUAGUCGAUCGAUUUGCUAGUGUGUGCGCGCCCUGGAGGGACGCAAGCCUGGGUAAGCAGAGUUAAUAUUGGAGAAUGGCGUCAGGAUUGCCGAGCGGUCAUCAAAAGAAGCUCGGGCCAGCGCCGAUAGCAUCGUUCGAGGAUCUUUCCGACGAAGUGGAAAACGGAGAAUCAACGGCACGAAUGCCGGGGAUCGUGGAGGUGACCACCCCCGUUACACCCGGGAGCUCACUCAAGACACCUAGCACACCGAGGAUUGACAUCAGCAGAGCUAGCAGUUCUUCACAUCAUGAGGACAGCAAUAAUUCGAGAGAAUCAUCGCCUGAGAGGGAAUUACUCGCAGGGGCUGAUCCUCCCACGGGAUGCAAACUAAACCUCGGUUACAAGGAGGACGUGCAAGACCUGCGCUCCUCCACCGAGGAGCUAGACCUCCAAGACCCCAUUCACGCUCAAGACUUGAAGAGGGACGCAAAGCGCGCACGACGAAAAAAAGAGGAUGGAACGCAAUCAGAAUGUGGUGGCAGUCUGAAGCACGACAGGGAGAGAAAGGACAGCAAUUGUUCCGAGAUAAUUCUCUUGAAUAUAAGUGGCAGAACAUCGAGAUUGUCUUCCGUUGGUAGCCAGGGGUCAGGAGUAUCGGGUAAACUAUCAGUCGUAUCAGCCACGUCUUCCAGGUCGCCGAGUCCGCACAAGUGUCUGCUGGAGACGUCGUUUUGUGGCAGCAAGCCAACACUGGCCGACAAUCUCAUAGAACCCUCCAAGCCGGAGACCGAUGACCUGGAGAAGAUUCUAUUGAAACGCGAGGCUGACACGACAAAGGCACUUAUACCCGAGUCCAUAAAGGUGCCAAUGGUCGGUGGCAAUUUAAAGCCAGAUCCCCUGGACAAACCAAGAAGACGUGGACGAGAGGAGAGAAAAGAAAUAUUCAAACGCGAAGUUGAGAUAACGAAGAAAGUCCUGGAGAAGGUCAACAUCGAGGUGCCAAUAAUAAGAAAGCCACCACCCCACAAGGACCCUGACGAACAAUCAAUAAGAUCUGGUCAGGAGAUUCAGAAGCCUGCGACCCUUGACCUCAACGACAAACGAAAAAAAGUUCAAAAUUUUAAGGACGUCGUGCAGACAACUCCGAGUAUUGGGAGCUUGUCGGGGAGCCCUAAACUGCCGAGGCAUCAGAAAGUCAGGGAAUUGGAGGGCUCGAGAACACCUAGUCCUUCGUCAGUGUCAAGAAAGAGUAGUUUUGCUUCAUUAUUCAAAAGUAGAACCGACGGCAGUGUCCUGAGUCCCGAGUCCCCCACCCCAAGUGCAAAACCCCGUCGCAGUAUAACAUCCAAGAUAAGAGACACAACGGAAAGUCUACGAAGUCGUUCAAAAUCUCGGGAAAGAGUGUCAAUAGACAAAGGUUCCACGAAAAAUAAAAAUGUAUUCACAUCGACCCUGAGUCUGUUCAAAAAACGAGAGCGAAAGAAGAGUACAGACGACCUGGUGACCCCCGAGCACGACGUAGCAUCUGGCACGACCUCCCUGGACAGUAUCGGUCCAGUGGAGUUUCGCUUUGAGGGUGACCGACCAGGAAGAACUGAGGACUCGAUUUUCAUCAGCCUCCACGCAGACUCUAGGAACUACGAGGAGGCUCUCCCCUCGGAGAGUGUCUCCAUACCCUUGGAGACCCCCACAAAACUCCUGGACGAGUACGACAGUGAACCGAGAACAGGUAGUAUCAUAACAGAGGCAUCAAUCGAGCAUCAUCGUGUAUCGGUAACGAGAAUACGAACAGAAGCAAGAAUUGAGUCCUCAAUCCCAAGAGAAGACUCGCAAAGCCCGUUGCCGCAGAGUGCCUCAAAGGACUCUGAAAUAUCGAAGACCUCGUCGCGAGACUCCCGAGCGAGUAUUCAAACGGCAAAGCACAUCGAUCUGCCUUCGAGGCCAUCAUCUAGUCAGGAGUCUAAAGCCCCUGAAGAUCAGAGAAUUCCAUCGAGUUCCUCGAGAGACUCAAUCGAGCCACGAAAGCCAGAUAUUCCGAAGCCAAAAAGAAAGAGUAAAGAAGUCAAAGAAAUUCCCCAAACAAUCCAAAAGCCAGAGAAGCUCCCUCAACCGCCUGUUCAACCCCCAAAAGAAUCAAAGAAGCAAGAGGAGCUUGCACGCCUUGAAGACAUCCUGAAACCCCAGGAAACCCUCGUGAAAACGCCGAGUGUCGUCUCUGACCUGGACCACAACAGUUCUGAGUCCGAGCGUGACUCUGAGAUCGAUUUCAUCAGGAAUAAAGCUGCGAAGGCUGUUGAGGAACUGCCAGACGAGCGAAAGGGUCUAUUCAAUGAGGAAAGUUUCGAGGAGGACCUCCCCUACGUGCCAACGACCCUGCCCCUGGAGAAAAGUGUUGCUGUACCGAUGCUUCCAGUGAAACAACGCAUCCAGGAAGUGAAGACGAUACCGAUCGAGAGACCAAGAUCAACGACACCAAUAAACCCAACCCUCCUCGACGAAUUCGUCCUGCAGACAGCUCACGACGAGAAGAGAGUGGAGAGGAUGAAGAUUUCGUUGCCACGAGAGGACAGUUUCAAGUUGAAAAGCCCGAGGAAACACGCAACAAAUACAUUUAGUGAAUUUGCUGGACGAGUAGCACCCGAUUCCAAGAGAAGUGGAAAAACACCGAGUCCACCACCUCCACUACCUCCACGAGCUGCUCCGCGUCCCAGUAAUUGGAUAAAUUUUGAGGAAAUCCCAGAGAGACGAAAAGCACCGAAGAGAAUUCAAACUAUUCCACGAGCUGAGGACGAACCCAAGGGUUAUAGCUAUGUUCAACCUGAGGAGUGCAGGUGUGAGUGCCACGAGGAGUCCAGAAGAGCUUCCACAAGGGAUCCAACGUCUGGAUCGAGUACAGGUGCUCCAUCAAUCACUGGGACUUCGUCAUGCAGCAGUAGCAAUGGUGAUCGUAAUUGUAAUGGAGAGAAUUGUAAUGUUCCAAGCAACUCUGGUGAUCGUGCAAGCAUCGUCAGUGACAGCUCGUUGGAGUGCAGCUUGAGUAUAGAGGAGGGCACCGGUACCCAGGCCCUACUUGGUACAGGUAAACCAUUCUCUAUGGAUCUUGAUGUUGGCUCCAACAGAUCCAGCAUCAUAUCCCAGGAGGAGGCUGACGAGGCUCAUCAGCCAUAAUCGAUUGUUUUUUUUCCAAUUGAAUUGGUACCUGGGUGCUUUUGAGCUUGCUGUAGUUGUCAGUGACAGUCUGACUUUUUUUUUGUGGCCUGUUUAUUCUCGAGAAGGUGUGACACGUGCUGGAGAAAUUGUGAACAUCUAAACUAACGAGUUUGACCCACUUUGGCCACUGGGGAUGGCGAACAAAAAAAAGGGAAUUAAAGGAUGAAAAGUUUGGAUUGGAGAAUUGGGUCGAAGAGUCUGAUUGGAACGAUUUAAACUCGAUGAAUGGCUACAUCAGGAGGAAAUCGAUAUCGGCCCUACUUCGAAAUUCGUCUGGGGUAGACUGAUGUCCUAAGAAAGAUUUCUUUUUUGAAUGUGACUGCACCACCUAACAGAUUCAAUCAAUAAUUCGACGUUUCUUCGAGGAGGAAAAAUAGAUGUGAAGGAGAAAGAAUGUACGUGCUUGUGAUGAGAAUCGAUUGUACUGUUUUUAAUUAAUGAGUGGAUUUUAAUUCAUCAUUCACCUAGCUGGUCUAAAAUUGUUAAUUAUCGUAAAGAAAAACCAAGACCAUCACUUCGAGAUUAAGAAUAAUCUAAUCACGCGUACUGCGUCGAGCCUUUAGCAGGUCCAAAUGGAAUUUUUCGCGAAAGAAAGAUAUUAUUAAAUAUAUAAAGUGAAUUAAUAAUAACAUUUGGUGUUCAAGAUUGCGAUAAAAGCGCGAUAGGGUACACCGAGGUGAAUUUAGAAUGAAAAAUCAAAUUAAUGGUGAAAUAAACUGAAAUAUUCUGGUAAGAGUUCUCUACAUCCUCUUGAUACUUCAAUCACUACUACGAUUACUCGUAAACCUCUCUCUCUGCUCAAGAAAAUUUCUGUAUUAUUUUUCCCUCGAUAUUGAUGCAAAACAAACACGAAAAAUCCUAGUCCAUCCCUCGUUACCUCUUAGACGUAUUUUCUAUUACACGAGAGGACUAUAUUGUGUUCAAUCAUACGGUUAAAAGAGACAUUUUUCGAGUGUGUGACUGUACGAGGAAUUUGCGCAUUUUUAGAAUUAAAGAGUAUUUUCUCCCAUUGACAUUGAGAUUAACAUGAGGAAUAUGUCCCCAGGGUAUAAAACUCUCCUCUCUUGCCUGUGGUUCCUCAAACACGAUGCUACCAUAUACACCAAGUAUCAACCUUGUUGAACAUUUUAAAAUUGUACCUGUCGUCUUGCGAGCGACUUUUCCCCCGUCUGGUCGUUGUAACGAGCCGAGCAGGAAUAAAAAAUAAAAGAGUGUUAACGUCAGAUCCUAAACAACGGUAAAAACGCAGUUGAAAGACUCGAAAGACGCCCUAGUUAGUUCCACACGAGUGGAUUAAAUAAUAAAUUGAAGAAAAGCCUGUUCCAUUGAUUUACCCUUUUUUUUAGAAUUUUGGUGUCUAGACAAGAAAGUGAAAGAUUCAAAAAAAUAUUAUAUAAACAAAUUUUAAAGAAUAUACCGAUAUAUUAUAUGAAUACCAAUGCCUCAGGCCGUCGAAUGCGCCUCGUUAUGAAAUAAUUCUUAAAAGGAAAUGAAUACUGUAAAAUUGUGAACGCGAGAAUGAAAAAACCCUGACUCUAACCCUUGUUGAACGUUAUUUUUUAUAGAAAAUACGUGAAGCCAAUUUUUUAUUGCCUUUGAUAUUUUUUGUAUGUUUUUGUUAUCAUUUGUUGCCCUCAGUCCCUCAGGAAUUAAAGGAUAAGGCGAGAAUGGUCUCGCUGAGAUCGAGUCUUUCUGACUCGUUCGUGUGAGCUCUCGACACAAUAAUAAAUACGAAUGAUCAACAAGCAAAUUGAUAGAGCUCACUCAAACAUUCACGAGAGACGGUCCCCUCAUCAGUGCGUGAACGUUAACUGUUUAUUUUUCAAGAAUUAAGACUUUGAAGAACCGAUGAAAAAUAUUUAAAUGUUUCUAAUGUUAUGUAAAUAAGACUCGGUUUGUUAAAACCAACUGAUAAGAAUGGAGAGAAAGAAUGAAUACUGGAGAUAAGAACAAAGAAAAGUAGGAAUGAUUGGUAAGGAAUAAAUUUGUCAUGUGGUGAUGAAAACUUUGAUUCGAUUAGAACACAUUCGAGAGACGGAGAAAAAAAAUAAAAUGUUUAUGUGUUUUGAA